AUGGAGCCGCAAGGACGUUGGGCCAUCCUCGAUUCGAAGCCAACUGAAUCACGUUCUGACGAAGAUGAUACCUGGGAGAAACUGGCCAGCUUAAUAGAAGAGUUCACUAAACGAAGUCAUAAGCGAACGGUGAAACUGAAAAAAGUACAAAAGGACAAAGGAAAAGUUGAAAAAGACGGCGUUGAGGAUGUAAUGAAUGUAAUGAAGGAAGCUGUGAAAAAGGGAGUGAACCCAGUGGUGCCACAGAAGCUACCAAAAUAA